UCUCUUGUCUCGCUUCUUCCCGCAGUUAACUGGAAUGAUCAUUGGGGCAGCUGUAGCCUUGCUACUUAUCGGGAUCGUUGUGUAUUUUGUUUACAGGAAGGUGAAGGCCUCCAAGCAACCUCAGCCGCAAGUGCCUCAGUACAGGUUUCGCAAGAGAGACAAAGUUAUGUUCUAUGGCCGCAAGAUCAUGCGGAAGGUAACAACCCUGCCAAACUCCCUAGUUGGAAACACCAUGCCUCGACAACGGAUGAGGAAAAGAGCUAAGGUCUUGUCUUUGGCAAAAAGGAUCUUACGUUUCAAGAAAGAGUCCCCCAUUUUGCAACCCAAGGAACCACCUCCCUCACUGCUUGAGGCUGACUUAACAGAAUUUGAUGUGAAGAAUUCCCACUUGCCCUCUGAAGUCCUUUACAUGCUUAAAAAUGUCAGGGUUCUUGGUCACUUUGAGAAGCCUCUUUUCCUGGAGCUCUGCAAGCACAUGGUCUUUUUGCAGCUGCAUGAAGGGGAGUACAUCUUCCGUCCAGGACAGCUGGACAAUAGCAUCUAUGUGGUGCAGGAUGGAAAACUGGAAGUCUGCAUCCAAGAGUGUGAUGGCACGGAAGUAGUGGUUAAAGAGGUUCUGGCAGGAGACAGCGUCCACAGCCUCCUCAGCAUUCUGGAUGUCAUCACGGGUCACCUUGCACCUUACAAGACAGUGUCUGCUCGAGCAGCAAUGCCUUCCACAAUCCUCCGGCUCCCUGCCAAUGCAUUUCAAGAUGUCUUCCAGAAAUAUCCUGAGACCCUUGUGAGAGUCGUGCAGAUCAUCAUGGUGAGGCUCCAAAGAGUGACCUUCUUAGCUUUGCACAAUUACCUUGGUUUGACCACUGAACUCUUCAAUUCUGAGAACCAGGCCAUUCCAUUGGUGUCAGUUGCAAGCGUAACAUCUAGUGGAAAUGCCAACAAAGUGGUGAAGAGGCAACUGUCCAAUAUGUCAGAGGAGGAUCGGACAGAGAAGAUGGAGAAGCAAGGGACUAUGUCAGACACUGAUGGAGGGAGAUCUCCUGGAUCCGAAAUUCCUCUCAGAAGAAGCUUGUCUUUGACCUCCUCUUCUGGAUAUGCUGAUAUUUCUGGAACUCUAGCUGGCGCUAAAGCGGACUUGAACAUGGCCUGCGAGAGAGCCAGAGUCAUCUCUACCUCAUCCUCUUCUGAAGCACUUUCAAGUCCAGCCACAUGCAAGUCCAUCUUGAAGAAGACAGUGACAGUGACGGAGAUGCCUUCGGCUGUCUUCCACUACACUCAGGACAACCGCUCCGUACAGGAGCCCUCUGCCAACAAGCAAGUUGACGCCAUUUUAGAAGCUGCCAAGAAAGAUCUCUUAACUUUAAUGAAACUGGAUGACCCCCAUCACUUAGAUGGGAAAGUAACAUUGCACCAAGUUACUGCUGGGACGGUGGUGUCAAGGCAAGGUGACCAGGAUGUCAACAUCCGGUUUGUGAUCUCAGGGAUGCUACAUGUCUAUCAGCGUAAGAUUGACUCCGAGGAGGAGACCUGUUUGUUCAUCACUCACCCAGGAGAGCUGGUGGGGCAGCUUGCCGCCCUCACGGGAGAACCCCUCAUCUUCACCAUCAAAGCCAAUCGGGACUGCAGCUUCCUGGCCAUCUCUAAGUCACACUUCUAUGAAAUAAUGCGGGAGCAGCCCACUGUUGUCUUGGGAGUGGCUCACACCGUGGUGAAGCGUAUGUCAUCCUUUGUGAGGCAAAUUGACUUUGCUCUAGACUGGAUGGAAGUGGAAGCUGGGCGAGCCGUUUACAGGCAAGGGGACAGUUCUGACUGCACCUACAUUGUGCUGAAUGGGCGACUUCGCUCCGUCAUCAGGAUGGAUGAUGGGAAGAAGCACCUGACAGGCGAAUAUGGCCGCGGGGAUCUAAUUGGCGUGGUUGAAGCUUUAACGCACCAGCCCAGAGCUACAACAGUACAUGCAGUGCGCGAUUCUGAGUUGGCCAAGCUUCCCGAAGGAGCACUGACCUCAAUCAAGCGCAAAUUUCCACAGGUUGUGACUAGGCUUAUCCAUUUGCUGGGCGAGAAGAUCCUUGGCAGCCUUCAGCAAGGGGCUCACACCCUUGGACUGCAUACACCAAGCAGCAAAUGGGAUGCCAGCAACCCUGCAAGCAACCUCUCCACUGUUGCAAUUAUGCCCGUGUCGGAAGAUGUUCCUCUCUCCACUUUCACCUUGGAGCUCAAGCAUGCCCUCUGCGCUAUCGGUCCCACUCUGCUGCUCACCAGUGACAACAUUAAACAGCAACUUGGCUCUGCAGCAUUGGACAGCAUCCAUGAAUACCGACUAUCCAGCUGGCUGGGCCAACAGGAGGACAUGCAUCGCAUUGUGCUCUACCAGUCAGACAGCACCCUUACUCCCUGGACCCAGCGCUGCAUCCGACAGGCUGACUGCAUCUUGAUUGUAGGCCUGGGAGAACAGGAGCCGUCCGUUGGAGAGCUGGAGCGGAUGCUGGAGAACACAGCGGUCCGAGCACAGAAACAGUUGAUCCUGCUGCACCGAGAGGAUGGGCCCCUUCCAUCCCGGACUGUGGAAUGGCUCAACAUGAGGAGUUGGUGUUCGGCUCACCUUCACCUUCGCUGCCCACGCCGUGUCUUCUCCCGGCGGAGUCUACCCAAGCUGAAAGAGCUAUAUGAGCGUGUUUUUCAGAAGCCUCCAGACAGACACUCAGACUUUUCCCGGCUGGCCCGUGUGUUGACAGGGAACGCCGUCGCUUUAGUGCUUGGAGGAGGUGGAGCACGAGGAUGUUCCCAAGUAGGCGUCAUCCGGGCAUUGAAUGAAGCGGGCAUUCCAGUUGACAUGAUCGGUGGCACCUCCAUUGGGUCUUUUAUGGGUGCACUGUAUGCCGAAGAGCGCAGCUAUACUCAGAUGAGGAUCAAAGCCAGACAGUGGGCUAUGAAUAUGAAUUCAGUGUUCAAAACAGUCCUAGACUUGACCUACCCCAUCACCUCCAUGUUCUCUGGGGCCUCCUUUAAUAACAGCGUCUGUGACAUCUUUAAAGACAAACAGAUUGAGGAUCUGUGGAUUCCUUACUUCAUAAUCACGACAGACAUCACUGCCUCGGCCAUGCGGGUCCACACAGAUGGCUGUUUGUGGCGGUACAUCCGGGCCAGCAUGUCCCUCUCCGGCUACUUGCCUCCGCUCUGUGAUCCCAAAGACGGACACCUCCUGAUGGAUGGCGGUUACAUCAACAAUCUCCCAGCGGACGUUGCAAGGUCCAUGGGAGCGAAAGUGGUCAUCGCCAUCGAUGUGGGCAGCAGGGAUGAGACCAACCUCACCAAUUACGGUGAUGCCCUCUCUGGAUGGUGGCUGCUGUGGAAGCGGUGGAACCCUCUGGUAGAGAAAGUGAAGGUCCUGAACAUGGCUGAGAUCCAGACCAGGCUUGCCUACGUGUGCUGUGUCCGGCAGUUGGAGAUGGUCAAGAGCAGUGACUACUGCGAAUACAUCCGACCGCCCAUUGACCGCUAUGGCACUCUAGACUUUGGAAAGUUUGAUGAAAUCUGUGAAGUAGGCUAUCAACAUGGGAGGACAGUAUUUAAUGUCUGGUGCAGGAGUGGAGUCCUGGACAAGAUGCUGAAGGACAGGCAGGAGCUCUGUAAAUCCAAACCUUCAUGUCUUGUGACUUGCCCCACAACAUCCUUCACUGACUUAGCUGAAAUAGUCUCCCGGAUUGAGCCAGUCAAGCCCGUUGUGGUGGAUGAUGAAUCCGACUAUCAGACAGAGUAUGAAGAGGAGGUUCUUGGCAGCCAAAAGGAUGACUACGUAGAUUUUCUGAGCAGCCAGACUGGAGAAGACUCUGACUCACAGGAUCAAGAAGUCCGGCUCCGGAAACGUAACAGCGUUAACAUCCAGGACAGCCAGCAAGCAGCAUGACAGACCUGCACUAAUCUGCUCUGUGACUCUGCAGUGGCCUCAGUCUGUCGCACAUGGACAUGUGUGCUCUUGCGCUCUCUUGUAUUCUAGCCAUUACAAACUUCCCUGGUUGAGAUGCAGCGGUGUCUUUUUUGUCCUGGCUUUAUUGGCAAAACCAGGAUUGGUAAGGAAUCACUGACUAGGGCAGAAUAUAGGCUGCAGGCUGUAUGCAGCCCCUGCAGUGCUGUUUCUGUAACCUCCUACGAGUCAUUUUUACCAUGUUUUCAGUCCCUCCUCCCAGGCCAUUUUAAAAGCCUUUUUUUAAUAACUGGAAGUUAAAACUAUUCCAGAGUGCCUUAAAACAUUGUAAAAAAUACCCCCAACAUCCCCUAGAAGGUAUUGGGGGGCAUAUUAAAGUUCAAUGAGGUAUAUGAUACACGGGUGCAGCCCCUCAAUGUCUCUUAACAAGUGAAUGCUGUCCCCAACCUCCCACGGUUGGCCAUCGUGGACUACGGUGAUGCUCCCCCAAAUCCGUCAUUCCUUUGGACACAACUCUCCAGAAAACCUUCCAUGAUGUGCCUCAACCUGAGUGGAUUCCAGGGGGGCUAUGGUUACUUUCAGGCCGGGAGUUAGCAAUGCAUUUCUUCUUUGUUCUCUGAGCAUGAAGGCACCAGCUGGGGGAUGAAGCUGCUUGUAUAUAUAUGUGUGCGUGCGUUCAUGUGUGUGUAUUUGGGGAUAGGGGUAAGGGCGGCAGAUUUUAGCACUCCCAUUCUGUCUCUCCCAAAUUUAUUUUGCUCACGCGCUGGCAUCUGCAACGGGGGAACGCAAGGUUCUGCCGGCAAUUAGCAGGAAGCUUGAAUGUUAACAUGUAAACGAAAUCGGGAUGUUCUGUGCUCGCAUCCAACGUAGUGUGUGAUAACGCAGCCAUCUGUCGGGAGCCGACUUGCCCGGCGGUGGUGACGGCAGCGGCCGGCAGCAGCUCCAGCUCCUUUGCCAGAAUCUGUCUGCUGAAAUGACUUUGUUGGAUUGCCUCCCUGCUUGCUCGCUCGCUCUCCGCAGCAGGCUGGUCUGGAGGAAUGUGUCCCUCGUGCCUUUCCGAAACUCAUUCGAGGCCUCGGCUUGUCCGAUUGUUUCCACUUCAGCAAGUACUCAGAGGGGGAUUGGUCCUAGAAGGCUGUCCAGAUAAUCCGUUCUUCUCCGUUACAAUGUUGGUCUCUCUCGUCAUGUGAAAAAUAAUAAAAUCUAGAAACCAAA